AUGGCUAUCGAUCAGACCGAAGAACUCACAUCCAGUACGAGCAGAAACGAUCAACCUAUUAUCGAUGUAAGCAGUCCUCUAUACAUUCAUCCUUCGGAUAGUCCCGGAGUGACUCUAAUACCAGUUCCUUUUGAUAGAAUUGGGUAUAGGUCAUGGAGAAGGAGUGUAUUGAGAGCCCUGUCAGUCAAACAUAAAUUAGGGUUCGUGAAUGGAGACUGUAGGAAGCCUCCUCCUAAUUCUCCACAAUUUUGUCAAUGGGAAAGAAGUGACGAUAUGGUAACUUCCUGGAUUCUCAAUUCCCUGUCAAAGAAAAUUUCCGAUAGUGUUGAAUAUGUCAAAUUAUGGAGAGAAUUGGAGGAUCGAUAUGACCAAACGAAUGGUGCAAAGUUGUAUCAAAUCCAAAAGGAGAUUAAUGAUCUAGUCCAAGGAUCCUUGGAUAUUACUGUCAUACCUCCUUUUUCGGCUGCACCCCGCAAAGGGGCGUAA